GAAUGAUCGGGCCCGAGGCAGGGUAAGUGCAGACCACUUUCCAGAGAGAUUGAUAGAACGACGUCCUUCUUCUUUUGGAUAGUUAUUCCCAAGUCUCUGAUUGGCUGACGUUUCACGAAAGUAUUUUUUUUCAUCAACCAAGUCCCUGAUAUAAAAGUACUGGGCCGGUGGAAUGCAGCCAUCGUCCUUGAGAAAGUCACAACGAAUCCUGACUAGAUAAUUAUUCUGUCAACUGGACACCGCGAUAGCACAGUACUGGAUUGGAUUCUCUUUGAACGAUCUUCUGUGAUCCAUGGCCUGUCCGCAAGUUGGCGGCUUCCUUAUGGGCUGCCUCGGGUGGCUGUGCAUCCUGGUCGCCACCUCCACCAACAACUGGGUCAUCAUGUGUAAAUACGGCAUGAACGCCUGCAAGAAGUCCGAAGAGAGCAAAAUCAAGGGUCCCUGGGCGGAGUGCUCGGUGUCCUCCGCUCACUACGAGUGUCAGCCCCUCACCCAGAUCCUGGAGCUGCCAGCCUACAUCCACACCACCCGGGCUCUGAUGAUCACGGCCUCCACCCUGGCGCUGCUGGCGGUGGUGCUGCUGCUGAUGUCGCUGCCCUGCAUCAGCCUGGGCGAGCCCCCCAAGGCCAAGAACCGCCGCGCCGUCCUGGGGGGGAUCUGCUUCCUGUUUGUGGGUCUGUGCUCAGCCGUCUCCACGGUGUGGUUCCCCAUCGGGGUGCACCGUGAGCAGGACCUGCGCUCCUUCGGCUACUCGCUGUACGUGGGCUGGGUGGGCUCCGUGAUGACCCUGCUGGGCGGCCUCCUCAUCGUCUGCUGCUCCUUCUCCUCCUCCUCCUCCUCCUCCUCCCCCUCCGGGGCCAACGCCUACAACCACAACAACGACCGCUUCUACUACUCCAAGGGGGGGCACCAGCUCCAGCAGCCGCCCCCCGCCGCCGCCGCCGCCGUCGCCGCGGCGACCAGCCACGCCAAGACCGCACACGUCUGACGCGGGCGCCGAUGUCGUCGCCCGCGCCGGCGAUGGGUGGAAAAGAUAAGAGGUGUUGCCGUGACGAUGGUGGAAUGGACUCAGUGGAAGGGGUGGGGGGGGGGGUGAUGUACAGUGACACAUUGAGGAUGAUGAGACAUUGAACACACACACGGAUGUAUGAUUUCACACACGUAGACAAAAGGUUUAUUGAAAGACACAUUUUGAUUAGGCAGACACAACAAGGCACAGGAACACUGAUUUAGUUCAGCCCGAAUGCUUCGGGACUUUGUGAAACGGUCUUCUAUAUAACUAUUUUUAUAUUUUUAUACUUACAAAAGAUGAAGAAGAAAACCCUUAGGAACUUGAAGUAAAAUUGAUAUCCGAGGGUUGUUUCUGUGGUAUUAUGUGUUUUCUUUUAAUAACUAACACCUUGAUGUAUUGUACUGAUAAAGAUAAAGUAUGGCAGUUGUAUGUUUAUGUUUGAAUUUCCAUGAUGUUUUGUAUGAUUACGAUCAACAGUGUCAUACGACUUCUUGAGUUCCGCCCAAGACGGUCAACAUUAGAACCAAAAGAUGCACUUAUCCAAAAUUAUUGAAACAGCAUAAGUUGAGACAUUUCACCAGGCUGGCUGUUUCUCAAACUCUCUGUGGCAGAUAUCCAGUCCUGAGCCACCACACACACGAAAAAAAACACACACACACACGGACAGGCGAACAGACAGACAGACAGACAGACAGACAGACAAACAGACAGACAGACAGGCAGGCAGGCAGACAGACAGACAGACAGACAGACAGACAGACAGGCAGACACACACACACACACACAGUUUGCAGGAUCUUUUUUGGAGGUGGCUCUGAUUUAUCUUAUCAGAUCAGAUGAUCCCUCCACCCUACAUCUUGUAAAUGUAGCUCACAUUUACAAGACGUGUAAUGAUAAGAAAUAAGAAAAAUUAAUAAGUGACAGAAAGUAGAUCCAACCCCAAUUCUACAUGUUGAUCUGUGAAACAAUAAUAUCCCAAACGACGGUUCGGGAAGAGUUUGAAACCUCACUUGGUGAGCCAAACCGCACCAUAUGUUUUUUGCUUUGUUAUUUAUUGUAUUCCAAUUAAUGUGCAUUUGUGUUGAAUUUCUGUAAUAAAGGUGAAGUGAUUAUAGCUUUGAA